AUGUCUCAGCUGGUGCCGUACCACCUUCUCAGCGGCGAGCAGGACGACAGUCUUAUGUUCGCUACCAUGUUUGACUACCAGAACGAGGAAUAUUCAAAGCCAACGGUUAGCGAAUGGAAAGUUGCAAUUCCGGUAUCUAAUAAUCUAGAUAAAGUGUGGUACUCAGAGAUAGGAUAUCUGAAAUAUAGAAUCAGAAUGGCCAUUGAACUGCGUGAAACCCAAUUAGGAGGAGCCCAAAAAGGUCUCGUUUGUUGCACCUCAUUGUUCUCGCCGGUAACUGGGCUGCCGGCGGAGUUUCGCAAGUACGUUUCCCUGCCUUUUUAUGGAGUCGAAAGUUGCCGAUACCGCUGCACCUCAUGGUGCGAUGGUGGUUGUGAAAUUGUGCGUAGGUGUGGUGCAUUCGCGGGGCCCGGUGGCCGGCAGCCGGGGCUGGCGGGUGCUGGGGGCGGCCAGUGGUGUUUACGAUGCACCGGCGCCGAGUGGGGCGUAGGCGUCGCCGGGGGGCGUCGCGCCAGGCUUAUCAGACGACGGCGGGGCAGCCGCGCGAGCCUCACUCCACGUUCCACCGCUGACCGCGCGUCUCGUGUGUUGCACGCUCACUGA